AUGUCGCGCGCACAGGCAGCCGGACCGUUCAAGCCCCAGCCCAGCAUGAAGACGAUGUCCUGCCCGCGCACGUAUCGCGCGCACGGUGGUGCAAAGGCCAAGGACCCCGCACCAGAUGCGCGCACCCCGAAGGGCGGGAAGACACUACACGCGGACAUGCCCUUCAACGUCGCGCAUGGCUUCGCGAGGGCAGGACGAGUACGCGUCCCGGGUAGCGAGACGAUCGUGACGAGACAAGACCUCGGCACAAUUUCACGCGGGCAGCGCGUCGACCGCAUCGCGUUUGGCGAGGCUUACCUUGGCCGCCGGGAGCGCAGUCGACAGGCGCGCUCGGGACCGCCGGCACGCGUCUGCGCGGUUGCGGACACGGUCAGCAUCGCGACGGAGACGGUGUACGCCAUCGGGCGCGUGCAAAUUGGCCGUGGGACACUGGGCGGCGUGGCUACGGUUUCCGCUGGGUCAGCGGCGGGCUGCGUCAAGGGUGCCAUAGUCAAGGGUGUCUCAUCGCAACAGCGGCGGCAGCAACAGCAGCAGCAAACAAAGCAUCGCGCGGACUUGAAGUACGGUAAGCGGCGCGCGCGGGUCGGCGUGGUUGGCUGGGAGCGGGCGCAAGACAUAUUGCGCUGUCGAGAGCGCAAGAUACAGAAGACGGUCGCGCGGAGACGGUUCGAGGCGGCGAGCUGA